GAGGCUGCUGCCGGCCUGAUAAUGGCGCACCGGGCGGGCGGGCGGGCGCUGUCCGUGCUUCUGAGCCACCUGCGCCUCCCCGGCCCGGCGGCGACCGGCGGCUGCGCGGGAUGCGGGCAGGCCCGGCCCGGCUCCUCCGGCGCUGCGGUGCAGAAGGCGCCGCAGGCGGCCGGCCCCGAGGAGGCGGGUGAAGAUGCUGAAGUCAAUACCAAAAAGAAGACAUUUGCUGAGGUCCAAACAGAACGAUUGGAGCAAGCAGAACGGACUGUUUUAAUUAAGUGCCCACCAAAACUGAAUGAAAAAAAAUUAUUGCAGUAUUUAUCCAGUCAUGGAAACAUUAAAAGUCAUUUCUUUUUUGAAAAUCGGGGUAUCCAUGCUUUAAUAGAAUUUUCGGAAAAGAACAGUAUAGCCUCGUUGCAGGACGCCAUUGGAGUCCCAAGUGCUGCAGAGUAUCACGUUGUUCCAUUUAAAUCUAGACUUUUUACUUUCAUGCUGAAAAACCCAGUUAGUCAAGCUGCUGAAGGGACACCGCUUCACCUCUCUCCUCAGUCUCACAUUCCAGUGAAAGAGCUUAUUGAGAAGCUUUGUCAUGCAGACAGUAUAAGCAGUCAGAUGUACAUCCUACUUAAUGAGUAUCAGCUUACAGAUGAAAAUAUCAAGCUCCGAUACCUGGUCUGUUCCCUGGUUCAGGAUUUUGCACGUGCGUAUUUUCCAGACAGCACAGUAAAGCCAUUUGGCUCUUCAGUCAACACUUUUGGCAAAUUGGGAUGUGAUGUGGACAUGUUUCUGGACUUCCGUGAUACACAAAAGCAUGCCGCAAAAAUGAAAAAAGGUCCCUUUGACAUGGAGUAUCAAAUGAAAAGAUUACCAUCUGAAAGAUUAGCAACCCAGAAAAUUCUGUCUGUGGUUGGUGAUUGCCUUGAUAAUUUUGGUCCUGGAUGUGUGAGUAUACAGAAGAUACUCAAUGCUCGCUGCCCGCUGGUGAAAUUUUCCCAUCAACCGACAGGAUUCCAGUGUGAUCUGUCAGUGAGCAACAGCAUCGCUAUAAAAAGUUCAGAACUCUUGUACAUCUAUGGCUGUCUGGAUUCCCGUGUAAGAGCACUAGUGUUCAGUGUACGAUGUUGGGCUCGUGUUCAUGGACUUACAAAUAGUAUUCCUGGCACCUGGAUUACAAACUUCUCUCUGACUAUGAUGGUCAUGUUUUUUCUGCAAAGGAGAUCACCACCUAUCAUUCCAACACUAGAUCAACUUAAAGAACUGGCAGAUCAAAAAGACAAGCUUAUAAUUGGAGGAUAUGAUUGCUCAUUUGUUAGUGACUUAAGCAAGAUUAAAUGUACAAAUAAUACAGAAACACUUGAUGUAUUGUUGGGUGACUUUUUUGAAUAUUACGGAAACUUUGAUUUCAGAAGGAAUUCCAUAAAUCUUCGAAAGGGAAAGGAAGUAAAUAAACCCGAGUCAUCUCCUCUUUAUAUCUGGAAUCCCUUUGAACAAGACCUUAAUAUUAGCAAGAAUGUUAAUCAGCCACAGCUGGAGAAAUUUGUAGCUAUGGCCAGAGAAAGUGCCUGGAUUUUACGGAAGGAAGAGAAAGCUCAGCAAAUGAUCAAUAAAGAGCCUUGGGGACUGGCAGCCCUACUGAUACCAUUUGGAAAAAGUAAUUCCAACAAGGCGAAGGAUAGGCUGAAAGGAAUAGGAAGUGAAACAAUCAGAAACCUCUUGGACUCUUUAAAGUUAAAUAAUCCAAACAAUCUACAAAAAGCAGUGGGAAAGUGACUUUCAGCACAGAAACACAGCAGCUAAUAUUCUGUUUUAGGAAUUGAAGGUGACAUACAGUCUGAAGAACGUUACUUUUAAUAUUUCUGUUAUGGUGAAAUGGAGAGUAAAAUUACCUCUGUUUUCCAUUGUGAUGCUUUUUGUACAGGUCUGCUUUCUUUCUGUACGUUUUUCUCCUUGCUCUUCACUUUUCCAUCUGUUUUAUGAAUGAAGAACAUUCAAAUGCAAGUUUUACAAAUACAUUUUGGAAGUAGUCUUCAGUUGGGCCCUGUUUAAAAAAAGACUGAGAGGAACAGCAUGGGAAGAAGACUUUGGGAAUUCUGUUGGCUAACAUACAAAUGAUUUGCUAAAUAAAAGCUCAAGAAACAAGCACCUUUCGUUAAAACCUCAGUGUGGAAGAUUAAUGUGCUAGAACCAUUGCUUCCAAUCCAGUCAUGUUUUGGAAACCAGUAAAACCGAAGUGCAUGUAUCUGUGUUUGCAGUUGUUUUCCAUUCAUGUAGAUAGUGCCAGAACAAAAUAAAGAGAAUGGAAUUAGA